AUGGCCCGCAGGCUAUCAGAAAUGACAGAGCAAGCUAUGCUGGAAGGCGGCCGGUCCGCGCGCAAAAACAUGCAGCAGGCGGGGUUCUCGGAUGAUCUGAAGCGCGAGCUGGAAGAGAGGAUCGCGGCAAGCUCUUUCAAGAACGAGUAUGCGGCGGCCAAUUCCAUUCUUGAUAUGCCGGCGAGCGCAGGACAAGGCACUCGCGAUAUUGCCUUAGCGGAACCCUGGAGUGGGACGGAAAAUGUCCAUGAUAUUACGUUACGCAUGCUAGACAGCUCAGCGAAGAAGCCGAUCCGUACGCCGUACAAGAUUCCGCAGCCUAACCCCGUCGAUAUGCGAAUCACCCCCAAACCGAAGAAGUCCGCAGGUCUCCGUCUCGCCGAAGCCAAAGAACGUACAUCCGUAUACUCUUUAAGUCAAGACCCCGGGAUUUCGGACAAAGAGCGUGAGGCCAUGCGGAGGGAGAUGCGGGAACGAUUCUCCGCGGGAGCUCGACCGAUGCCCGCCACGAUCCAAGGGCUGUCGUCACUAGCGAACGAACGGAUCGAGGAUGCGAUGGCGCGUGGUCAGUUCGACAAGAUCAAGAGGGGCAAGGGCAUCAAUACCCAGACGGACCACAAUGCGAACAGUGCCUUUAUCGAUACCACAGAAUACUUCAUGAACAAGAUGAUCCAGAAACAGGAGCUGGUGCCGCCGUGGAUCGAGAAGCAGCAGGAGCUUGCGAAGGAGGUCGACCGGUUCCGUCAACGUUUGAGGACAGAAUGGAGGCGACAUGCCGCGAGGCUGAUAUCAAGUCAAGGAGGGUCUUUGGAAAUGCAAAUGAGACGCGCCGAUGCUUAUGCCGCCGCAGAGGCUCGGUUGGCAGAGAAGGCCAAGAUAGAGCGGUCGUUUCGAGAGAUGGACGAGGAUAGCGGCGAGUCCUUGUAUUCGACGGCUUCCGAAUCUUCCAUACCGGAGACUGACGCUCCGUCAAAAGAACCGAACGAAGAGAGCGAGGCUUUACCGCACCUCUCGCCACUUCGUGACCCCAACUACCUCUCUAUCGAACGUCCGUUCUACGAACUAUCGGUGAAAAAUCUUAACGCUCUCACGCGAACAUACAAUCUCCAAGCCCCUCCCGUUGCCCAGAAACCAUACAUCAGUCUUGAGCGCGAGUUAAAAGCAUGCUACGCUGAUGUAGCCCCGAGUCUCGCUGAGGAGAUUAAGCGACGUGCCACGGAAAGGACGAGGCGCCCCGAGUCUGUGGGAUCCAAGGCCAGUGGAAUUCUGGACUCGUUGAGCACGUCUCACACUACUCGGGUGUAUGAAGAGGACGAGGCCAAGGGAUAUGGCUUCAAAGAGUUUUGGCGCGAUCUGUUUUCUAAAGAGAAAUAG